AUGGAAUCGAUCGCACAAUUUCCCGCGCCGAAUGCGCCGGGCUCUCUGACGAAAGUUCCAAUCGCUGAGCUCUCUCCGGACCUCGAGCAACCAGCCGACAAAUCGAUUUUGGCAGUGGUGACUCUAGUCUGGCCUUACUCGUCAGCGCACAAGUCUCUAAGUCUUCUGUUAGCAGAGCCAGAUUUUCGACUUCGACGCUCUGAAGGGCAAGUCAAGGUCACAUUCCAUGGACGCGUUGCAGAAAAGGUCGCGGAGUCACAUGUUGGAAUCGGCGAUAGCAUCUGUCUCGGCCUAGCUGGCUCGAGAUUUGUCUCCAAUGAAGCCAGUCAACAAACACCAGGCCGAUCGAUCGCGUGGGACGCACACUUUGAAACCGGCGUAUGCCUUGAGAAAAAGGCCAGAUACAGUCUACAACGAGAUGACUGGCGGCUUGUGGAUGAGCCGGAGAGCCCGCAUGAGCAAGAAGAGGUCUUGGAUUGGGAACAAGCUUUGGAUCGAGAGCUCGAUGAAGCGAGCUCGGAGGUUGAAUCAACAGACCCAGCAACGCUGGAUGCGGUCGAGAUUUCAAAGCCCGAGAAAGAUGUAGGAAUACAGGAGUCAUCACCACCAGUAUUUGCAAAGCCUUCUCUUGAGCUCACGGGAAGCAUUUUGGAGAGGCGCGCGGAAGAGUCGAACAGUGCAUUUUUCAAAGACAAUCAUGAAGGACAUGUGCAUCUUCCGACAGACACGCCAAAAAUCCGGCCUAUUCCUUCUCCCGGGCUGCCGGUUCCUUCGCCGCUCGUGUCCGACCACGCCGGUCUGAACGAUUAUUUCCCUUCCUGGACAUCCUCAGAAACUCAAGAGAUCGGUUCAGUUGCGACCGAGAUAGCAACUCCGCCAGUGUCGUUUGUCGAGGCAAAUGAACUCUACGCCCUGUCCAACAAUGUCCAUUCACCGCAACCCACUGGGCUAGCUCCUGUAUCAGAGGAUACGAACAUGUUCGAUUCUGACUUUCCGUCACACCACGAAAUUGGAAUAACUCCGGGCUCUCACGACCUUUCAUCCGGGCAGCACGAUGAGACGAUUGACCCAUUCUUCUCCACGGUCGCUGGACCGGAUUUUACCAACACAGGAGAUCAGGUCGACCAUUCCGGCGAACGAGCGUCAGUUUUCACUGAAGCUCUGCAUAAAGCAAAGAACGAUUCUUUCGAAUCCAUGGACCAUGAGCUAUCCGCACGGAGUGGUCCUACUCUUGGACCUAUCGCUCACCCCAUAAACAAAACACAGCUCACACAUGCGCAAUCACCGGAAGAAAAUGCCACAGAUCCUCGUCAACAAAAUUUCGAGCGCGAUAUUGAAUCCGCUGAGCCAGAGGAAAAUAUUGAAGAUCAUUCGCAGUCGGACAUUGAGCCAACUCGGGAUGCACACUCCACCGCAGAUAUGGAUGUGGAUGCUCUCUAUGCUCUUGAGAGCAUGCGAGAAUUACGACAAAUGGAAGAUCUCGACAAGAGAACUUUCCCUCAAGAAGAGUCUGACAGCGGAGAUGAGAUUGACGAUUCCUCACAAGCCACAGGCAUAUCCCACGAUGAAAGCCCCUACCCAGACGGGGACCAAAUGGUUGAUGAGGAAGAUCGAUAUGAUGAUCAAUCCGAGGAUGAUUUUGAAUCCCAAGAUGACUACGAGGAGGAUGCUGUUCAAUAUGAUCAGGAUGAAAUGAGUUUGGACCGAUCUGAGGGGGAAGAUUCCGAAGAGGAACAUGGCUUUUCUCCCCGUCCUCGGCCCCCGCAAUCCCAAGAAAUUAUCGUGCUUGACAGCGACAGCGACGACGAACCUGCUGCUGAAACUUCAGAGAAGCCCCUUUCGCAGUCCUCGGAAGAAGCCGAUCGCGAAUCAUCCCGCGCUGGAUCUGCCGAUUCUGCUCUUAUCUCCAAUGAUGCCAAUCUGGCCCUGAAUGUGGAGGAGGAGGAGGAGGAGGAGGAGGAGGAGGAGGAGGAGGAGGAGGAGGAGGAGGAGGAGGAGGAGGAGGAGGAGGAUGAUGAAGAGGACGAAGGGGACGAAGACGAAGACGAGAACGAGCAGGAAGAGGAGAAUUCAUGGGACAUGGGUUCGAAACAAGGCCAGCUUGCGGCCAGUGACGAUGAGCUCGAGGAUGAUGAAGACCAAGAAGCCGGCGACGACCGCGGAUUAAAUGAUGAAGCAGACGCUUUGGUCCAUGGUAGUGACAAGGAAGCUGAAUCGUCAGUGCAAGAAAGUUCUGAUCAGGAAGAGAAUCAAGUCAUGGAAAUUUCGGCUCCUUUCCACGACACCAACAGCGGACACAGACACAUCACCGACCCUCAGUCACCGCCUGAAGCUCAUAGGUUCGACGUACAGGCCUUGGACGACAAUAAUCAGGCCUUGGAUCAUGAUAAUCGUUCUCUGGCAGACACAAAUCAGAAUGAUGAUCAAGAUUCCACAGCCGGGAAUGAAAAUCGUGAAACUGGCGACGAGCAAGAUUCACACGUUUACCCCCAAGACCAUGCAGACAAGUCAUACAAUGUGGACGGGCCAGCCGACUCCCAUUCCCCUCUCAGCGGUGAAUUAGAUACCGCAGAUUCGGUCAUAGGACAAGUUUCGACUCAACAAGUGCCCGAAACACUGGACAAUUCCUCGUUUGUUGAGACUCGAUUCGAGCUAGUCCCAGACUCUACUCAAGAGGCUGCAACUCUCCAAGGCCACAGCCUUGAAUCCGAGUUUGAGAUCACAUCUACUGUUACCGAACAGGCUCCCGCGGGUUUGGACUUGACCUCGCAGGUUCUGUCCUCCGGGUCUGAAGAUUUGAACAGAGAUGCCACAGCUCACCCAGACGACCAGGCGAAUCAAGAUAGCGGCAGUGAGGAUGAGGCCGUUUCUGCCAUGGAGUUUGUUGAGACUAUCGAAAAUCCAGAGCGUGUCCCUGCCGCUCCAGAGGUUGUGAUUCCACAGGGGCCUUUUGAAACACCCUCAGUGGUCGUGCAGCCCCCCCGACCCUCGAUCGCGACGACCCCGAACCACGCAAGUGUUUCGCCGAUCAGUCGACCCAAAUCAGGCGCCAAAGAUUGGGUAAUGAGUGUCGAACUUACCGACCCAUCUAUUGCUGGUAUGACUAUGAAUGCUCAAAUUUUUCGCCGGUACAAGUCAGCUAUGCCGUCUUUGACUGAGGGCUCUGCCGUUUUGCUUCGCAGCUUCAAACCACAACCCCUGGAGGGCAUCAUUACGCUUGUCAGCGUCGAGUCUAGUGCUUGGACGGUCUUCGAUGACUCUGAUCGAGAUACUGAGAUCAACAGCUCUGGUUUGGAGGAACGUGCAUAUGCGUCUGGCCUACGUCGAUGGUAUACCGAAGUCGGCUCUGCUAGUGUUGCAGACUACAUCCUUCAGGCAUCAAUCGAAAGAGAAAGCAUUGAUCGCGAGCUGUCGCCGCCCAACAGUGAAGUGCCCAGCGAGCUUGGAAGUCCAGGUUCUAGACGUGGUUCACGCAGAAGGCGAAGCAACCAAAGAGUCACUAUUCAUGAACUGCGGGAUGGCACCCGCUACACAGAGAUCGGAUCUCCCAACAAUCGGAACAGCAGUGUUCACGAGUUGCGAGAUGGUACUUUGUAUGCCAAUCUCUAA